AUGAAACUUUUUGCUUCAACUCUCGUCGCCUCAGCUCUAGGACAUGGUCGCAUGCUUGAACCUCCGGCACGAAGCAGCUACCUUCGGCUCUCAGGAGAUCCCAACAUCGACAUGUCCAAAGUGACGCCAAAUUAUAACGAUAACGAGCUUUUCUGUGGUGGAUUUCAGCACCAGGUUUCGAAUGGCUACAAAUGCGGUGUGUGUGGAGAUAGCUAUCUUCAAGCUCGACCGAGAGAGAACGAAUGGGGAGGGAAAUAUGGAUCGUCAGGCCUAAUCCCGCGAACUUACGAGUCCUCGGAAGAAAUCCCCGUCACCAUUCAGCUAACUGCUCAUCACAAGGGCUUUUUCCAGUUCAAAAUUUGCGAAAUGACUCCUGAAAUGUCCACCGAAGACGAAGAUUGCUUCAACAGCCCCGAGUCGAUCAUGGAACUCGCUGACGGAUCAACCAUCUGGGAUGUUAACAACGGAGCAACAGGAACUUUCAACGGAAAGCUAAGGCUGCCAGAUGACUUGUCCUGUGAGCACUGCGUGAUACAGUGGAGAUAUCAUACUGGAAACUCCUGGGGGUGCGAUGAAACUGGAAAAUGUGGCCUUGGACUAGGAAUGCAGGAGGAGUUUUACGGCUGUGCGGAUGUUAAAAUUAAUCCUCGCACGGGUGGUCGUCCCACAUCAACAGCUACAUCUCCUAGUCCGUCUUCAACCGUUGAAAGUUCGACUAGCAUGGUUUCCACUUCACCCCCAGAAUCUACGACCGAACCGUUGACAACCACAACGUCUGGCACAAGAUCAACUAUAAAAACGACAACAAAGUCCACAACUGAAGAUACAACAACUCCUAAUACAGAAAAUUGCGAGGCCGCGAACUACUGCUCUAGCCCUUCCAUACCCGCCGGAAUCCACAAACACUGCUCAGACUGCUCUAAAUUCAUCCAAUGCGCCAACGGAAUCACCUACAUCAAGGACUGUCCUCCAGGACUACUGUUCAACGGAGAAACGAAAACUUGUGACUGGCCCUACAACGUCACCUGCUGA